UCUCUCCUAUGAAUCCUCUUCCCCUCACCACGCCCAACUCAACUCCGCGGACCUCCCCGAUCUCUUGGAAGACUCCUUCCUCCUGCCCUUCUCCCACUCUGCCACGUCUAGCGCCAUGGAGUCUGUGAGCGAAUGGGGCCUCUCUCCGCUCUCCGCCGUGGACCCGGAGAUCCACGACCUCAUCGAGCACGAGAAACGGCGGCAGUCGCACGGCAUCGAGCUCAUCGCCUCCGAGAAUUUCACCUCAUUCGCCGUCAUCGAGGCCCUCGGUAGCGCCCUCACCAACAAGUACUCCGAGGGCAUGCCCGGCAACCGCUACUACGGCGGCAACGAGCACAUCGACGCUAUCGAGAACCUCUGCCGCUCCCGGGCCCUCGCCGCCUACCGCCUUGACCUUGCCAAGUGGGGCGUCAAUGUCCAGCCCUACUCCGGCAGCCCUGCCAACUUCGCCGCCUACACCGCCGUCCUCAACCCCCACGACCGCAUCAUGGGCCUCGAUCUCCCGUCCGGUGGCCACCUCACCCAUGGAUACUACACCUCCGGGGGCAAGAAGAUCUCCGCCACCUCCAUCUACUUCGAGAGCCUCCCGUACAAGGUUAGCUACGCCACCGGCUACAUUGACUACGAUAAGCUCGAGGAGAAGGCCCUCGAUUUUCGCCCGAAGCUCAUUAUCUGCGGUGGCAGCGCCUACCCCAGGGAUUGGGACUACGCGAGGUUCAGAUCCAUCGCCGACAAGUGCGGGGCCUUGUUGCUCUGCGAUAUGGCUCACAUCAGUGGCCUUGUGGCCGCCCAGGAAGCUGCAAACCCCUUCGAGUUCUGUGAUGUAGUCACUACCACUACUCACAAGAGUCUCAGAGGACCGAGGUCUGGCAUGAUCUUCUACAGGAAAGGCCCUAAGCCUCCAAAGAAAGGACAGCCAGAAGAUGCAGUUUAUGAUUUUGAGGACAAAAUCAACUUUUCAGUGUUUCCAGCUCUCCAAGGCGGCCCUCACAAUCACCAGAUCGCUGCAUUGGCUGUGGCAUUGAAGCAAGCUAUGUCGCCUGGAUUCAAGGCAUAUGCCAAGCAGGUUAAGGCCAAUGCUGUUGCUCUCGGGAAUUAUCUGAUGAGCAAGGGCUACAAGCUCGUGACAGAUGGAACUGAGAAUCACCUUGUCCUCUGGGAUCUUCGACCUCUUGGCUUGACUGGAAACAAGGUUGAGAAACUUUGUGAUCUUUGCAAUAUUACUGUUAACAAGAAUGCUGUAUUUGGAGACAGCAGUGCAUUGGCUCCUGGUGGUGUGCGUAUAGGCACUCCUGCCAUGACAUCACGGGGCUUGGUCGAGAAGGAUUUCGAGCAGAUCGCCGAGUUCCUUCACCAGGCUGUGACCAUUUGCCUGAGCAUUCAGAAAGAACAUGGGAAGCUGCUUAAGGACUUCAACAAAGGCUUGGUGAACAACAAGGACAUAGAGGAGCUCAAGGCAGCGGUCGAAAAGUUUGCUGCAUCAUUUGACAUGCCUGGCUUUCAAAUGUCUGCAAUGAAGUACAAGGACUAGUUGGAAAGAAAAAAGGUACGAGGUCUAGGGUAUCGUCGUCAUCGGCAUGCAACUCUGCUCAUGUUUCUUUCAACCCCCUAUAUUUUGAUAAAUCUGUGCUUGGUUUUGCUUGUUCAAUUGUCCACACAAACUCUUCGCUUUUGCUUCUACUUCGUCCUCUGAUGCAAGUUCAUGUGCUUCGAAAGUAAACUAUUUAGCAUAAUGAUCCUUCUGAAUAAUGAUAUCUUUUGACCUGUGAGAAGGUUUCUUAUCA